AUUCACAGAAGAAUUACGGUCUUCCUCGAACACACACACCGGGUGCUCAAACUGGGAAAACAGCCGUACACGCACUGAACUCAAAUUCCAGGUAGGCUACAGUGCCGGGUGGGCACGGGAGAGCAUCGCGUGGGUUAGCCUGCCUACUACUGCCACUAAACACAUCGAUUACUGGAAUGGUAUACUUAAGUCAAAGGGAUCGCGGUUUAAUAUGGUGAUAAAAUCACCACAAAUCUGUGAUUGAAUUCGUAAAUUCUGGGGUUUCAGAUUAGGCUGGGAAUUGAGGGCAUUUUCCUAAUCGGCGAGCUUUACCCUAUCGGACUGAUCCUCUCUAAGGGCAGUGAUGCCUCAGAUCUAGCCUAUUGCACAGGAAUGUUGCCACUGCCUACACUAUCAGCUUCCAGGAAGUUUAUGAUGGCUUCCUGGAAAGAUUAUUUGAAGGCUAAUAUCUAGUAGCCUAGGCUUACUUUGGUCAAAAUAAAACAAGGUCUAAGAUGGGCACUGACUGUAGUCUUGCCUUAAACGUUAAAUCCAUUCAUUUCAAAAGGUCAAGCUUGUGGUUUAUGCCUAGGCUACAUUUGAACAUCAAAACAGAACUGAUUAAUUAAAAACGAUGUAAAACUUUUAAGCGAACAUGUAUGCCUUAAUAUUUUGCUUUCAAAUACUUCGAUGAAAUAGGCCAGCCCUAUAAUUGGAGUAGCCUAGAUAGCACAGUCACCAUAUUCAUAGCAUAGUUAUCACCAUUUUCGAAAUCUAACGCGUACAAAUGUGUAUCAUGUGUGUCGCGUACAACUUGUGGCUGUAAUAUUGGGUCACACUGCCACCUUGUGGUAAUCAUGAGACUCACAUAGGUUAUCGCCAGUAAUGAUUCAAAUUUACAAACAGCAAAUGUUGACCAACAUUCUGUUCACUGGAACACAAAUAAAAUCGUCAAAGUAGAUGAGACUAGCUCUAAAUAAAAUGGCCAAGCAAUGAUUAGUGGUUGUUGUAAAUGGGUAAGUACCUAAUCAAAAGUAAAAUAUUUUAUUUUAAAGAAAUGCAUUGCAAUAAGAACCAAAAAAGGUCCAUUAAAUGUAAAAAAACAAGCAAGCAAACAGGUAAAAUUAAAUAUAUAAAAACAGAACAAAGAUUUGACUAUGAUAGACCUCGACUCACACGAGAAAAGGCCAGGAAAAUAGAUCUUAGGUCUUUCAUAUUUAAAUUAGUCCAAAACAGGUAGAGAAACGAAUGCAGAAGGGUAGACUAUUCUAUAUCAUAGGGCCCAUGAUUGAAAAGGCCCCGUCAUUCUCUACGGUAGCAUAGAGCUGCAAGCACACUUUGUCAUCUACCAGUCAUUAGGACAGUGUAGACUCCAUUAAACAAAUGUGUCAUAGAAAGAUUGAAUCCAAGUCUCAGAUAUCUGUGCAAAUAUAUGUUUAGAAAUGGCAACUCUUACUUCACCCAUGGGAAACUGUCAGCAGUAGAAAAGUUAUAUUUAUUGUUUCGUCAAUCUUUCCUCCAAUACACAUGGUGGCGGUAAUGAGACAAUGUGUUUUGACUCACCGAAGUGACGACACACGCAUCAGGGCGGCAAAAACAAAACUGUCGAAUAUGGAGGCGGCCGAAUCCCGUUUCGCUCAGCUGCUGAAGCCCAUCCGUGAGCUCGCCCAGAACUGGGAUGUGGACCUGGCCUCCCAGCUGGGGGACUACCUGCAUGAGCUGGAGGGGGUGCAAAUCAGCUUUGAUGGAGGUAAAACUACCAUGAACUUUGCUGAGGCCGCAUUGCUCUUGCAAGGCACGACAAGCAUCUAUGGUAAGAAGGUGGAACUCCUUCACAGCUUGGUGUUCCGAACUCUGGACUACAUAUCCAACAAAAGCAAAAGGAAAGACAAACAGGAUGCCGAGGGAGGAGAGGAUAGUGAACAGGAAGUGGUCACAAACGCCAGAGAAAAUGACCUUCAGGAGGAGCUACCUACUGAAAGCACAGAGUCUGACGCAAACCUGGUCACGCUCCACUCUGAUCCUACCACGGUCCUGGAGAUCGCCCCGGUCCCUCCUGAGGCUCUGAUCCCAGUGGACGCGUUGGAGAAACAGGAGUUCCCCUUCCUCAAUGUUAAGGGGGAGGUGCUGGGCAGCUGGAAGGACUUCCGCAUAAACGUGUUCCCCGUGGACGCCUCGUCGGGGGAGAUCAAGAUGGGCAUGGGGGUCUUCCGCUCCGACUUCCUCAGUAGCUCCAGUGGGGAGGAUUCAGACCCCCUUGGCCCCGUCCACAUGCCUGACCUCCACAAGGAGCUAAUGGGCCACUCUGAGGUGGGAGCAGGGGAUGAUGGGAUUGGAGAGGCAGAGGUCGAAGGUCACAGAGAAGAAGAGGCGGGGUUCAUGCCCCUGGAGGAUCAUGGGAUGGAAAUGGAUGCAGAGCCUGACGAGCACAUUGAGAGACAGCGGGGUGUCAGUGAGAAGCGAAUGCUGAGGGAAAGACCUGCAGUGAAACCAGUGGCCAUAGAUCCAAGGCAACAGAAGGAAAGCGUGGAUGUGUGGAAGUGGCAUGAUCUGUACGCUGUUGUGGGUGAAGACAAACCCAUCAUGAAAGGGCGUUGCUGCAAUGUGCCAGCGGGUCUGGAAGAGUCGGGCAAAAGAAAACGCAAAGGCUUAUCCAAACUGGAGGACUUCGGAGCAUGGUGUAUUAAAGCAUAUAAAGUUUCUGAUCGCAAGCUGAAAAAUGGCCCUGCAUUCCCAGAACUGAACUACAUUUAUCUGAAUAAGAUGAAGGAGCGCAUUAGAGGACGCAGGGACAUCCUCAGGAGAACGGGUGUUACCGUGAGCGAUGAGCAGCUGAAGAGAACCUACUUGGAGGAGGAGGACAUUGGGGAGAGGCUGGGGACAGAGGACCCAGAGGAGAUAAGACACCAGGAGCCUGAGGGUGAUGAUGUAAUGGGGGACGGACCAGACGACUUUGGGAUCAACUUCAGCCCAGAGGAUGAGGGUGGAGAACAUGAGGACAUGGCUCUACCCAACCUGCCGUCAGAGGCCCUGAGCUAUGAAGACCUGGUUAAGAAGAGUAUGGCUCAGUUCUUUGCCAACACGGAGCGCUACGCAAAGGUCACAGCACUGUCUGCACGAGUACAAGACUGGGAGAACCAUAUCAAACCUCAUCUUGUAGCUGAGGAGGAGAGAGGUGUGUUUGACAUCCGUGACUAUGGCGACCGGAUCAUUCACGCCUUCAGUCAGGUGAAGGAGAAACGAACCUUUGCCUCCAUUGUUGCUGGCAAAAACAAUCAUGAGGUCUGCAGAUACAUGCUAGCCUCCCUUCAGCUGGCCAACGACUACACGGUGGAGAUCAGUAAGGAGGACCAGACCCUGGAGGAGUCUGUGGACACCAUGGCACUCACUCUCCUGACUGAACUCCGUGCCCACGAUCGCCUCAAAUCCUACAGCGCCAACGCGGUCACGGAGGCGCUAGUGCACGUGGAGACCAGCUGAGUUUGCAUGCCAUCCUGCCAUCCAGCGAUACGCGCCAACACACAACAUGCUGUACACACAGAGCUACAGCCGCUGCUAGACUAAAAGGUGGAAAUGAGGAUGUAUAUACUACAGACGCAUGUCUCCGUCUGGACAUUUUGUGGGGUUUGUUUGUUUUUUUCUUCUGGAAAAUAAGAAUGUUCUACGGCAUUCUAUUUGAAUGUAGUUCAUUCAUCAAAUCCUGACAUUGGAACUACAGGAUUUUUAUCACAACCAAUAUAUAAUGUGUCUCCUCUAUCCUGUGCAAAAUAGAAAGGGUGAUGUUUGUAUGUUGUAUCACUGUUAUACAUCUGUGUGCUUUAUACGUCCGUGUCCAGUUAUUCUUACAUAAUUAUAUUCCUUGUUUUACCUGAUAAAAGGGAUUUUUUUUUGUACCUGUGGUCACAGGUAUAGAAGGCAGUUUGUGAACAUUUCUCCACUUCUUUUCAGAGCAAAUUAUGCCCUAUACAAAUUACCAACUUAAUAAAUAUUUUUAAAUACACCAAAA